AGCUGUUUAUUUCCCCCUUUACCUUUUUUCCUUUGCUGUUAUGAAGUAUUUUUCCAUAUAAUUAUGUUAAACAUUAUUGGUAAUGUUUUGUUUUUAAUGUUGAGCUGUAUAGGAACUUUGUACAUAUUAUGGGGUAGAGGAAGAAUAUAACUCUUUAGAACCAUAACAGUGUCUGUGUAAAACAAUUACACUGAAGUCUGAUUAUACUUGUUCAUUCCUCUGAAGAGGAGGAAAAUCCACAAGUGCUUUCUCCAUGAACCUAGUUUGCUCACCCACUGCCUUUAAUUUGAUAUAGUAGUUUGCCUGUGUUCUGCCGUAGCAUGGGCCAUGUUGGUGAUGUAUUAGGAACAUCAAAAGCAGAGUGAAAUUUAAUACUUAGAAAUUUAAUUGGGGGCAACAGGCUGAGCACCUUCUCUUUAAUUAAAAAAACAAUGAUUCAUAGAGUUGUUGCCAAUAUUAAUUAUAUUGCAAAUCUUUCUGAUGUCGUAGCAUUAUGUCAUGCUGUAUAAAAAUAAUAUUACCAGUGUUUUGUUUGGAACUGAUUCAGCACUGGCAACUAUCAGUACAGGCUGGAGGGGUUUAUCUGGCUGCUGUUGGUGUUUGUAUGGUUAAAGGAAGAAGGAAAACAUUCCUUUGGGUAUUUAUUUAAAUUUAGAUAUUAACUAAGUUCAGCAGCAGUGAGGCUUAGCCCAAGCUGCUCUGCCAAGCUGGCAACUCAUCACACUUUUUGUGAUCUUUGGACAUGACAGGCAAAGAGACCAUCCACCUGUCCAGAUAAACAAACCAUUGUAGUUCCAUAUGGGACUCCACAACCACAGCUUUCUUCCAUGUGAAGAGUGAAUACUCUACCUUAUCUUCAAACGUUCCAGAGUUCUCUGGAGUUAUUGACUGACAGGAAUUCCCAGAGCUGGCCUGUAGAGCAUAUGACCCACCAAGGUGAAGGCAGGCCACCAGCUAUAUAUAGUUGAGGUAUCCAGCCCCUUUGUGCCGUAGGGCACAUGAGAAAUGUUGAAGUAUGGGCUGUCAGAAAAUGUCACCAUGGGGAGCAUUGCAUUUGCAAAAAUGCCAGGUGUGAUGGGCGUAGCCAGUCCUCAAACACCCAUUUUACAGAAGGCAAACGGAUGUAGCUGAAGAAUAAGUGACUUGACCAAGAAACUGCACACAAGGAAGAUCCCCCUUGAAGAGGUUUCAUUACCCAAUAUCAUCCUUUCUUCCACUGUUAAAUCUCUUUUGCUCUUCCCAACUGCCCAACCAUACCAGGCAAUGGUGGUGAUAGGGUCUUUUCUUUUAAAAACAUCUUUGAAGCUGAGCAUGUGUCAAGGUGAGCCACUGUGUGGCUUGAGCUGCCCACCAUGUAACCUGGCGCUAUGCUCAGGCAGCUUCUUCUGAUUUCUUUGCAGAGCAUUAAAUCAUCCCUUCACAUAACCUUGCCUUUCUAUAUAUUCCUAUACAUCCUGUUAGACAGCACAAGGUGCCAAUGUGGCAUAGAGUGAAGCUGCAAAAAUGCGCUAGGCUUUUAUGGCAAUUAAAGGCACCAUCUAUGAAAAUGCAAGGUUUUCCUUGCUCUUAGAAAAAAACUGCAAAAAUGGCUGGGAAACUCAGGAUAGACCUUGGAGGAUUACAACCUAAAGAAAAGCCCCUAAUGCAUCUGUGAGGGACCAUGAAUGCACAGUGAAUGCCUUGUAUACAAAAGCCCCAGGAAUGCAGAAUGCCCAGAAAUGUUUGGUUUGAGAACAUACAAAUGGUGGGCGGCUAGAGGCGUAUGGUUUGAUUCAUGUCUCACUUCCCAUACUAAUAAUGAUGUUUUACUUUGUAUGUAUGUAUGCAUGUAUGCAUAUAUAUAAACAUUUAUAAACAGUGGUGGGGAAUGUUGGUACCCGCAGAAGAAGACUGAGGAUGCCACACUGUGGAAGGUGACUUGGGUAGGGGCUUAGAAGCCUGUUCUUGCUGCUUUGGAGAGUUGCUGCCAGUCCGUGGUGGGCUAGAUGAACCAGUAAUCUGGCUCAGUAGUUGCAUUCAUACAACAUGACAACCCAACCUGCAAAUAAGGUAUACAGCGCAGGCUUUUCAUGAUGCAACCUGUGGUACUCCUGACACUUGAUUUGGCUUGACAUCUCAGGGGAGUUGGUUGCAAAAGCAGCGAUGAAACAUCACUAGCCUUGUCAAAACCUCAAUUUUGAAAGGCAGCCUUUGUUUUGAUGGCUGUUCAAAUUCUGUGUUUGCAUAACUGGAAUUGCUAGCACAUUUCCACCUUCCUGAGCACCUAGACUCUAGGUCCUAGAGUCUCUGGCGAGGACAGGAAGGGUGGGAGACACAGAAAGCAGUUAGGUCUAGCCAGGAAUCAAGAGGAGCUUGCCAGAAAGAGGCUGACCGUAUCUUUCAUGAGCAAAGAGCUCUCACAGCUUUGGUUUCUUUUGACAGCUCCCUGUUGGACAACUGUCAAGGGGAAGGAAAGUAACAAAUUAACCUAUUUGUAGGCUUUCUCAGUCAAAGUCCAUGACUGUUACCCACUGCAGGCGCCUAUCAUGACACUGAGAAGGCAAGCCUUUUCAUUCUAGUCUCCCAAAGCUGCUACUGGUGACAUGCCAACUUACCAGAUCCGAACUCCAACCACAGCCUUACCUCAAGGGGUAGUCAUGGCAGCUUCUCCAGGAACGUUGCAUAGCCCACAGCAGCUAGCAGAAGAAGCGACACGUAAAAGAGAGCUAAGGCUUAUGAAAAAUAGGGAAGCUGCUCGUGAGUGUCGCAGGAAGAAGAAGGAGUAUGUCAAAUGUCUUGAAAAUCGUGUGGCUGUGCUUGAAAAUCAAAACAAGACCCUCAUUGAGGAACUCAAGGCCCUCAAAGAUCUUUAUUGCCAUAAAGCAGAGUAAAUGGCAGUUGGCCAUGGACUUUUUUUUUACUAUGAACGAUAAUCAAGGCAUGAGAUGAAGCAAUUCUACAGAUUGCCAUGUGACCAUUGAGGAAGGGACAAUGUGUGUGGCCCUUGUGAUCCUGGUUUUGCUGAGGUGUUUUCUAAUAGAUUUGGGCGCGGUUUCAAAAUUCAGAGAACAUCGCAGGCACCAUAUUAUAUUGACCGCUGUCACAGCAUUUCUCUCCCCUGCCCCUCACUGCCGCCUCUACCCAGUCCAGUAGCAUGCCAAAAAGUGUAUUUGUUUGCGCUUUUUACUUCUGCUUUUUUCAGGGAAGCUGCAAAAGAAUGUCGGCGGCGGAAGAAAGAAUAUGUGAAAUGUCUGGAGAGUCGUGUUGCGAUGUUAGAAGUUCAAAACAAGAAACUAAUAGAGGAGCUAGAAACCUUAAAAGACAUUUGCUCUUCCAAGACAGACUAGUGUCAAUAUUGAAACUGUGAACUGGCUACAGCAUGUACAGAUACUUCUGCAGGCAAUGUCUAGUCAACAAGAAUUAUGACUUUUCCUUUGUAUCAUUUGUCUUCUAUUACAGCCUCUAACAUUCCUGAAACAUUUUGCUGCAUUUUUUAGAAUCUUAGUUGAAACUUCAGGUGUCUUUUUUUCUUAACCUGAAAGAGUCACAUGUUUAAGGCAGUGUGUGCUCCUUAUUUUCAAAAUGCAACAUGCAUAAGAGCUGCUCCUCUGUUCAAUUUCAAAUUAAUCACUUUAAAUGUGUGAUUUUGGUAGUAUCCCACUUGUACCAGUAUUUUAAAGUGAUCAAAGAUGAUGCAUCUAACACAAUAAAAUGAAAACUACCCAAAGUUUCUCAGGAAAGAGUUAUAUAAACAGUAUGUUGACAUUACAUACGUGUAUUAGAAUACUAGUUUACAAAUGGAUUUAUGGCAUAUUUUUAUAUACACCACUUUGUGAAAAAGUAUUGUAUUGCUGUCACUGAGUGCCAUGGUUGAAACUAGUUUUUAAAUAGAACCAUGUUGGUUAAACUUUGUAGUGUUUGGUGUUUGUUUGAACAUCUGACCCAGCUAAUUUAAAAGAAUAAUGGUGCAUUUUUGAAAUAAUUUUACAAGACGUAUCUACUGCCUUUAUGUUUCAGAAGCAGCUUCCAGAAUUGUAAUACAAAGAACUUAAAUCAGCUCCCACAAGCUCUUGCUGUCUGUUCAUUGAGUUUCCUUUAAUAUUAUUUAAAAAAGAAGUCUACAUCACACAGGCAAUUCCUUUGUAGUCUCCUGCCAAUCUGAGCUAUAACAUAUUUCAUGCAGUUUCUUCUGGCACUGACUUCUACUUGGCAGUAGUUGCCUGAAGAAUUGUAUGGAAUAUUCUGGGGCCUUGGGUGUUGGAAAGAAAUUUUCUACUUAAAAUGUAAAUUGUAUCUGUAGAACUUGAUUUAUUUCUUUUCUGUUACCUGAUGGAACAAGAUAGGAACUCCGUUCCUUUCAUUUUUUCCUGCAUGUUGACUGUAUUGCCUCCCAGUUGUGUGAAACUCCCCUUUGGUCUUCAUAGCCCAUAUUGACAAGUGAAGACCUAAUUCCUGUGUCUGAUGGGCAUGGCACUGAGGCUGGGAAGAAAAGUGUAAAGCCCCUGCAAAUGCUGCAGUCGUACUGAAAACAGUGGCCUCUGUGGCUUUUUUAAAAGUGUUGUAGUAUGCUGGACAUUUGAUGAACAGAGCAAGCACCUGCUAAUGCCAAGCUAGUUUUCAUGGUUGUAAUAAACGAAGGGAGGGCAGGAUUUCCGGUUGGGUGAGUGGAGUAAUGUUUUGUUUCCCUGUAACAGCAUCUUGGGCUGUGCUUAACACUGCAAUCAAACUGUACUAACAUUACAAGGAUGCUACAAAUGAAUCAUCUACUAGAUAGAACCUUUCCUUGACUGGAAAAAAGAAUAUGAGGCCCAUUCUUCUCAAAGGAUGAACUACAGAUAUGUGGUGCAAUUGUAUUUUGUUAAGGUCCAUUCUUUCACUAAAAAACAGUGACCUAUUUCUACAGACUUUUAUAUUAUGCCAGUCUUUCUCUCUGGGUGCCCUCCAGAUGUUGUGAACUUCAGCAUGGUCAAGGGACCACAGAAUGUUGGGAGAUACAGUCCAAGACUUCUGAUGGGCAUCAAGUCGAGGAAGGCUGUAUUAGAAGCAGAAGGCCACAAGAAAUUACAGGUUUGUAGUUAGCUACUGUUUACCCUUCAACAGGUAGUGAGAAAUUUAAAAUUGGAUUACUUCGAAAGACUUCUUCUGGCCAAAAGACCAGCACUCUUUAUGUAUGUAUGAAAUGCAAUAUAUAUUUCAGUGAGGUACGACUCUGUUAUUUCUACUGUACACAGGAUAAGCUGAAGUUCAGAAAUCACAGAUUGUCUAGAUAUAGCCCAUGGGAGUCUGUGAACUGAUAUUCAUCUCAAAUCACAUGGUUUGUCUUCAGAGCAGAAAAGCAUGAUGAGUUUUCUAUGCAGAGUAGAGUUAAUUGGCCUGUAACUCUUCCCUGGCACUUGCGGUCAAUUGUAGAUGUUUCUUAGACAAAAAGGCUUAUUAUUUCAGGUUCACCCUUCCAGUCAGACAAAAUAACACUCAGGGGCAUGAUGAUUAGGCUGCAGUCAAAUAAUGCAUGUGGCUGGCUGAGGAGAUGGUAUUGAGUAAAGAAUACAGGUAGUGUGUUUAAUUUUUACCUAAAAUUUCAUAAUUGGUUGGUAGCUUUUAUUAGCUUCUCAGGAUGGUUGAUAAAGUUAUUUAUAGCUAAAAAUGAAGAAUGUUGCCUGUUUUCACACUAGCAUUAUAUUUACUGGGAACAGUUCCUCCCAGGGGUCAGUCAGAGGCCAGUUGCUCACCUCAUAGUACAUUCUUAAAUAUUAGUAGAAGUAUGAGUAAAGAGUUCAGCAAAACUGUUCCAUGUUUUUAUAGAAAUGUUUGGGUCCAGGUACUAUAUCUUUUUUCAUCUUUGAUCUCCCACUGAUCCUGUGAGGUAAGUUCUUAAAACAUUGUUUUUGUUUUACAGAGGAGGAUUUCUGGCUGGGUAACUUUUCACAAGCUGUUUGAUCUCUAAAUAUUCUGUAUAUUUAACCUGAUUUUUUUUUUUCAGUAAAAGGGAGUCAGGGCCCUUCUAGAAUGCUGCUUGAUUCUGUUUCUGUAGGUGCCUUCCGUCUGUUUUCAUUAGCCUUCAACGAAUUGGCUUUCAAGAGCAGGACCACAGCUUUUGGUGUAUUAGGACUUUGAACUUGGGUGUUUCAUAUCCAGCAGCAAUAUGCUUUCAGCAUUACUCAUCACACUUAUAGGGCCACAGAUGACUAACAUAGCUACUUGCGUCAGGAAAUAUGAAUCAUGCACAUUAAUGUGGGGGGAUUAAGUCAUGUCAACUGCAUCUUGAAAUCUCUAAAAUCAAAUGGCAAAAAACAAGGGAAAAGAAAUGCUGUUGCCUGCUGAGGCUUUUCCUGUCAUUUUGAUGACUCUGGUAAGGGAGUUUGAUGUGACUAUCCAACACAGAUGCUGCUAUUGAUGAUGCUCCUACUUCUUGUUUUUCAGCUGAGUUAAUGUUUUGUUUUGUGAUUUGUUACUGUUGAAAGGUUUAUAAUUGUCCUGCAAUCAAACAGCUGAAGACUUGCAGUGGACAUUUUGCAGGCUGUCUAUAGUAUGGCCAAGUUCAUACCAAUACAAAAAGCUUCAGAUAUGUUCAGGUUUUAAAAAAACCUGGCUCAAAAUAGGGAGAGACUUGAAAACGGUGCCCAGAAAAUAUGAUGGGAAUGUCAAAAUUUAGUAGAUGCUGGAGAACAUUAUUAUGCUGGAGAAUUCUGGGUGGCUGAGAUCCUAAAAAAAAUCCUACAAGUAAAAAGCUGGGAUGACAAGGAUCAAAUUAGCAUUUCUGUUGCUGUUUAGCAUUGCAUGUAUAAAACCACAAUAAAACCCCCAUUGAUUUGACAGACAUCCAUCAAGGCUAGGAUCCUAUUUUUCAGUCACCCACCAGAUGCUUUUGGAAAGCCCAGAAACAGCAUAAAGACAAGAUAACUCUCCCAUUGUAUGCUUUCAGCAGUUGAUUGCCACUGCCACUGAAUUUCAAGAGCCAUCUUCCCUUAAACCUAUUUAAGCUAGUAGCAUUCUCACCACAGCUUCUGGCGAACAAUCCUGUAUGUUAAUUAUGCACUAUGUGAUUAAGUGUGUUCUUGUCUCCUAAAUAUACAACCCAUCAAAUACCUUUGGGGGCCCCAAAUUCUCAUAUUAUGAGAAAGGGAGAAAAGACAUUUCUCUAUUCCCUUUUUCCAGACUUUGUAUAGUUUGUAAAUGCUUCUCACGUCAGUUCUGAAAACCAUUUUCUAAACUAAAAACCUCCUACAGCUUAGUCUUCAUAGGAAGGAACUCCAAUGACAUUCUUAUUUUGGUUGCUGCUAGAAAAGAGAAGGCUAGGAUAUUAAAAUCGGGUCAUAAAUCAGGAAUAUUGAGUAACCUUCUUUACCAAUGAUUAAGUCAUUCAGUCUACAAUCAACUUCUUGAAAAUGAGUCCAUACUGCAGACCUCAUAGUUACAACAUUUGUACUUUUUUUGCUCUCGCCUGCUCCUGCUUCAUGUAUUCUCUAGUCUGAUGAAGAGGUCUGGAGAUCUGAAAGUUUCCACAUUCUUUUGUGACAUUUUGAUUGGUUCUAAUAAAGGUACUGUAUUUUGGAUAUGUUCCUCAAGUAGCAACAUGGCUUUCCUCACUAUGUAUGGAGUUGGGGAUGAAAAUUCCUAUGAAAAGACCUUGGAUUAACUUCAUUGGGUCAUGGGAUGGAAGGCCAAAGAGCCCAAAGUUUUGUUUUAAAAUGCAUGUAUGCUGAUAGUUUCUUGCUUCAUGUACCAUUGAUUUUUGGAGACUGCAUGUUGAAUCACUGCCUGCAGUUGUUUUUUGUGCUGAAGAAGGGAUGGACAGCUGCUUUGGUGCUAUGGGUUAUAAUGGAAAUGUUUUUGAAGUUUUCUCUACAACAGGACUACUCUCUCUUCCCAUCAACCAGACAUCUUGGUGUAUUAUCUCAUUUUACUUUAUCUGUGUGGAAAAUGUAUCUUGUAACUCUGAGCUUUUCUACAUGAGGCUGUAAACCUGCUGUUCUUUUUGCUUCUGUAAUAUUGAGAUCCAAAUGGUGGCUAUCAGAGAGAGAUGGUUUAACCGAGAGUCCUGCACUGAUGGCCCUGUAGCCCCUUCCAAGUCUACUGUUCUAUGAUUCUGUAUGUGAAUUCUUUUCCAGUACAUACCUUCUAGGUGGCACUGUGACAUAGUGGAAUAGCACAAACAUACAAGAAGAAAUCAUUCUUUUUUACUUUUACAAUUAAAUACCACAUUUUUUCUUAAUCUAAAAACUUUAUGAAAGUGAUAGUUAGAUACAGAGGUGAAAUUGGAGAAUCAUUAUAUCAUCUGAAAAACUUGUAAACAAGUUAUGUCGGGAAUGAUAAGUGCAUGAUAAAUACCUUACGUAGAAAAGCCCUUCAUGUCAACAUAGUGUGUGCUUCCAGAGGGACAGCUUUUAGUACUACCAUUCAAAAGGUAUUGUGCCCCUGUUAAAAAUUUCCCCUCAGCUGGGAAGAAGGAAAAACAGUGGAGGAAGUAAGGGGAAGAUUCUACUUUGAGGACAGUGAUGUUCAGAACCCCUGUAAAAUUUCAUGAAUGAGGCUGGGCAAUUGCAAAAUAAAGGCCUAAUCUGGAAACAGCCUACAUGUAUUUCUCUGUGGAUGAAUUUGGUUUGUAUGUGAAGUCAAAAACAUGUUCUGCUUAAUUGAAUCUAUUUUGGCUCCCUAUUCUGAUAUGGAAAAAGCUAGUAUCACCCUCUCCAAGGUUUUUGUGAAAGCUACUCAUUUAUUGAUGACCAAUUUAUUGACUAUCAUUAAAAUUUCAUAAUUUUAAUCCGAAGUGCCCCUUACUUGUAAAUUAGAACCUGUUUAAUAUGACAAGUUUUAAAAAUCUUUACUAGUUGGUGUUUUAAAAAUGACUGCUUAUUUUGUCUGGUUUUGUAUGUUUAUGCUUUUAUUAGAUACAGUUAGUGUGGGAAGAGGAUGUAAAGUAGGUCUUCUACUAAUUGACACAAAGCUAGUUGUGGGUGGAUAUCUUGACUGGAUAGCUAAGUCUAAAAGUUUAGGCAUCUUCUUCGUUUGGUAAACUACCUUCUGAAUAAUAGUAUGAUUUCCACAGUUGCUCAAGUUCCCUGAGAACUUCGGAGUUUCUGUAAUAGUUAUGCAGUGCCAUCUUGUGGACACAGCCUGAAAUACUGACAAAAUUGGACAUUAGGAUGUAUAGAAUUAGGAGCUCAACAAUCUAAAGUUCAGAGUGUAUUUCAGUACCUCUGUGAAAGUAACAAAUAUAAAAAAGCUUUCACCAUAUUGAUCUGUUUUUUAAAAUGCUAAAAUCCAUGAACACCUGGUUUGUGGAUUCUGAAAUCUCAGAAAGUGGCUGCUACAAUAUUAAAUGUGUGGAAGAUCUUUGAUGCAAGCACAGAGUUGUCUACCCAGCAAGCUGCACAAAGGGUUGUAUAUAUGUAUGUAAAAUAUGUGAUGUGGUGUGAUUGUGAUAUAUAAAUUUGCUUAUAUUAAGGAUGGAAGUCUGCUUGGUUGGGAUUCCAGUAGCCAGACCGGCAAUUGUGGCUGUUAAAUUGCCAUAGUGUCUGCUUAAUUAUCAUUAGCAUUAGCCAUCAUCUUCUUAAGAGCCAGAAGCUAGUCUGAAAUGGUGCCCACCACUCUACCACUUUAUUCUGGUCACAUUAUCAUGUUGUUCGUCCGGCACAGAAGCAUUUCCUAGAAAUGGGCUGGUUGAUUUUCUGAUUCCAGGUAGCCUGCUUUCACUUCUUAUGUUGAUCUGUAUGUUAAGUAAAAUCCCUCUAGGCUGGAGAAUAUAUAAAUUAGGGGUGGACAACUUCAGGCAGCCCAGGGCCCAGUUUCUAACACCCAGAUUCCCCCAGGGCUGCACUCCUAAGGCCGCAGCAGGAAGCAAAGAGUGGCAGGCUACUCUGAGGCUCAGAGGGGCCUCCUAGUUUGAAAAGAAACUAAAUUUGGUAUUUGUGAAUCCCUGUGUUGGUUCCGCAUCUAAUUUUGGCAGAAAAUCGGUGAUUGCUUUUUUGCUGCUGUACCAUCGAAUUCCAGCAUGGUAGGGGUAGCAUUAGUGGUAGCAAAGUCCUAGGAAGUCACUCGUAGCCCCUGGACCACGUCUUGCUCACCCCAACAGGAACUUUCCUGACUAAUUAUACUUAAUGUGGAGCAUGACACCACACGGAAUAAGAAUGUUCAGGUAUUAAGUUCCGUCCAACAUGUCUUGAAAGAGGAGAUAAAAAUCUAAAUAAAAUAAGUGAGCACA